CAGGAAGGAGACAUGAAUGUGUGACAACAGGGUUCAGAUUUUUGCUCCGUGUUUAGAUUUACCUUGACAGCGUUGGACGCUGAAUUUCACAGCGCAUUUGGUCGAAAAAAGUCAUGGGGGAUGAUUCCGCAGAAAUAGAGCCCGGUGUUUUAGAAAAUGUACAGUUGGCUAUCAGGAGGAACAUAGAAUUAGCCUUCAUCAAGAAAGGGAACAUUGAGUUCAGGGGGGACCGCUCAGAGGCUAGAAUUUUGGCUCUCUCAGUACAUCGGUUCUAUGUCCUUACCAGCACCAAGAAUGGCUGCAAGGUGGAUUUUAGUAUGCAUGUUUUGGAAAUACAGAAAAUUGAAAGUAGUAAACCUCUCUUGUUAACAAUGUUAUGCGGGGACAAGCCACAUUAUUUCAGACUUUUUCAACCCAAAGAUUGCACAGAGAUCAUUGCUCACAUCUUGGUUGCUCUUAAAUCAAACUUUCCGUCGGGUAACCCAGACCGUUCUCUAAGGGUGGUGUAUGGACCGCCAGAAGAGAGUGACAUGAGGCAAGAACAGGUGACCACACUGGCCAACAACUUGCGGAAUACAGGAGGAGAUGUGGAGAUUGGACCUUGUGGUGGAUUUUCUAAAGUGUAUGUGUCAAUGUGUGAUUUCUAUGGACACCCACAUCUGGAUGAAGUUGUUUGGGAUAUUGACACAAUUUACUUAUCACUCAAUACCAAAGAGUUGAACAUUCAAGACUUUGACCAUCUUGAGCACAAGGAUUUGGUUCCUUUUAUUUCAACUCUUGAGUACAACGAUUGGUUCACUAAAGUGACAUGUGACUCAUAUAAACUGGGAUCAGAAGUCUGCGAUGCCAUUAUCAGAGCUGUGAGGAAGUCCACAACAGUAGAAGAACUAGUACUUGAUAGUGCUGGUUUUGGCAGGGAUUAUUGUCAGAAACUUGCAAUGGCUCUCACUUCAAAUCCCAAAACAGCUUUGCACUCCCUGAGUUUAAAUAUGAACUCCAUUGAGGAUAGAGGUUUAACACACCUAGCCGGUGCUUUCAGUAAACUUCCUCAUGGUUUGGUCUUUCUUUCUCUUGCUGACAAUGGAAUCACAUCAAAAGGGGCUUCUUCUCUGGGUCAGGCCUUAAAAACAAGCAAAUAUAAUGAAAGCUCUUUGCAAAGACUAGAUCUGAGCAAAAAUCCUCUCAAAGGAGAUGGAGUUGCUGGUCUGUGUGAUUUCUUAGCCAAGCCAAAUAUGCUGACCCAGUUGGAUCUCUCAUAUACUGAAUGUCCUCUUGACCUGUUAUUUGGUGCUCUCAUCCGAGGCUGCAUUCAACACUUGGCAACCAUCAAUCUGGCCGGUAACAGUUUUACCUCAAAGAAAACUAAAGAUGUCGAUGUUCCACCUUCAUUCAAACAGUAUUUUAGCACCACCCAGGCUCUGAAAUUUUUGGAUGUGUCAGACUGUAAGUUACAUACUGACGCCAUCAGAGCAAUUCUUGAAGGACUUCGUGAAAACGGAGUACUUUGUGAAGUUGAGCUUAACCUAAGCAACAAUGAGCUCAGAGGUUCUGGAGCGAAAGCAAUUGCAGACAAUAUAGCCCACCUGAAAUGUGUCAGCAGGUUGAACAUUAGUGAUAAUGGAUUUGACAUGGACUUAAUUCCGAUUCUCGAGAAGCUGUCAUCAAACAAGACACUGAGAUAUCUAAACUUGGGACAGAAUAUGAAACAAAGGAGCUCAACUGCAGUUAUGGAGGCACUGGUGCAACUGAUAUCUGAGGAAAAUUCACAUCUCGAAUCAAUCUCGUUAGCCGAUUCCAAACUUAAACAUGACAUCAUUCCGUUACUAGAUGCUCUUGGAACAAAUGAAACAUUAAAAGAACUUGACAUCAGUGGAAACCAAAUCGGAGACGAGGGAGCACGCAUUCUGGCUAAAGCUCUUCAAAUCAACAGCAAACUGAGAACACUCGACUGGGACAAGAAUGGGACAACUCAUAGAGGUGUUGCUGACAUUGCAGCAGCCUUGGAAAGCAACCACACACUUCUUUCCAUGCCCAUGCCUCUUCACGAUGCUACACAGUCGCUCAAACCACAGACGGAGCAGCAUUUGAGAAAGAUCGAAAAGUUGUUGCUGAGGAAUCAGUCUCCGCACAAAGUAGUAACAGAACAGGCCUACAGAUUACAACAAGGCUUGCUGCUCACUUCCACACAGCAACAGAUGGUAGACCGGCUUGUAGUACAGUUACAGGACCUCGUGAGCGCGCUCCGAACCUCCAAAGAUCCGGAUGUGAAGAACGAAAUUAAAACUGCAAACAAUUUUAUACAGGAUGCAGACAAACUUAAACAGCUGCUACUGAAGUUCCAUUUGUGCACAAGUGACAGUGAUGUUGAAGCCAGAUUUGCUGAGCUGGCAGGGGAGUUUUACAAGGCAGCUGAAGAGAAGAUGAAGAAUAAUAUGGAUAAGAUGAUUGAUUGUGCCAAAGAAGUUUGUCCGUAUAUCACCUCCUCAGACGAUGUUCAAAGCCGUCUACUGGCUGUUGUACAAGGCAAGUCAAGUCUGAAUGAAACUUUUGUGGAAGAAGUGAUUCUUACUCGAGCUGCAGCUGGUAUUGCCAAUAGAUUAAGCGAAGACAAGCUUACAGUGGCAUCUGUCAUGGCGGACACGAUCAUGGAGAUUGUGAUACAUCAGCUGGAAAAUAGUGUCAAUAAACUGGACCUCCUUCUCAGAGAACACCGAAGCAAAAUGGAAGAUAAGGACACGGAGACUGAGAAGAGCGUUGAAGAAGACGAUGUGGCAGCGGCGGCUCGCAAAGCUCGUAAUCGCUUGAGCGCGGCCCAACUUACUGUGCCUGCAGGGGCUGGAACAGAGGGGGGUGGAAGGAGCCACAAGAGAAGACCCACAGUGAACAGACGGCCAGCAUCCAACAACAGGCUGGUCGAGGAAGACGAGAAGGUCGUCAAGGAAGUCGAGGAUAAGGUGAAAACAGGGGAAGAAGAAGAAAAACGUCAAGUAGCCAAGGAUGAAGUUGAAGGAAAGUCGCUGCCUCAAGGGGUCGUCCCAGUCAAAGCUGAUUUCAACGAUUUGGAGAUGAAGACCUCAGGGCUGAAGCACUUAGGCAAGGAUCGCGCUCGGCCCCCACAAAAAAGGCGCCUCCCCACCCGACCCUCCAACAGGCCAGCUGUCGCUCAGGACGAGAGUAAAGAAAAUGAAGGUAUCGAGGCAUUCUGGACCAACACAGUGCAAGAGCCGCCGAAAGUUGAAGGUACGCCUGAGAAAACCGUAAAGAAGACAUCAGCGACUAAAACGCCACCAGCAACUUCAAGCAAAACACCUCCUCCUAAACCUGCACCCAAACCGAAACCUUCACCCAAGGCUAAAGAGAAUGAGGAACAUAAAAAGUCGAGUUGGAAGCCAAGGUGAGUAAAGAUCCACUUACUAUUGACCUAGUAGUACAUCGUGAGAGAUUUUAGGGAAAAAAGGCAGUUUU